AUGAGCCAACAUAAAGAAAAAGCAUAUUUCAAGAACUACAAAGAUAAAAUUGAUUAUCAAGUAUCUCUUCAAUCAAUAUUCAUUGGAUUAAUUAAUAGAUAUGCUAAAAUUAUACUCAAAAGAAGAACAGUUAAAGCAACAGUGACAAAGCCAUUUCUUUGUAUUGAAUUUAUUGAAUUUGAAGAAACAGAUACAAUAUUAUUUUGGGAAGUCAUUGAAAAUAUGAUUAAAAAAUUAUUUAUUCAAUUCAUCUUUUAG